CCAGAAUUCACUUCAUUGUUUAUUAGCGCAAGCAGGUGUGCAAAAAAUUACCUUAAAAUCAUCUAUAAAUAAAUAAAUAUCAUACAAAAAUGGCUGCGAAAGUUUCAUCAGGCAAUAAUAAAGUCUUCCAAGCGGACGAUGUGCACAUCUCAUUUGAAGACCAACAAAAAAUCAAUCGUUUCGCCAAGCACAAUGCUCGAAUGGAUGAUCUCAAAAUGGAGUUGGACAUGAAAAAGAACGAUUUAAAGAGUGUCGAGGAGGCACUGGAUGAAAUAGAGCUUUUCGACGAAGACGAAGAAAUUCCAUUUUUGUUUGGUGAAGUUUUUCUCACACACAAAUUGACAAAAACGCAGGAAUUAUUAGCUGAGGUUAAAGAACAAACAUUAAAGGAAAUUGCGGCAAUUGAAGUGAAAGCUAAUGAAAUCAAAGCCGAAAUGAAUGAACUAAAAUCACAUCUUUAUCAACGUUUUGGCAGCAAUAUAUCGUUAGAGAGCGAGGAUUAGCUUAUAUGAAAUUGUAACAGUCAAUAAUUAGUAAGCAACUAAUAUUGAUUCAACAAAAUAAUACAAGCUUAAAAUUAAAUUAAAUAUUAAAGCUAUUCAGUCUGAGAGCCAAAUAUGAACAUGAGAUUGUCGCUUGCAUUUUCGAGGCAAGCAGCCUGAAAAUAUUCAUAAGUGUUUAAUAUAUUACACAAAUAUACCAAUAUUGAAAUGGAAA